AUGUGUUCCGUACGACCUGACCGCCGGGGCACACCGGUCGGCCAGUUGGCCACCAAGCGUUUUACCGGGGCACCCUUCGGGGUGCAGAGCCACAGGUUUGAUGUAUCUGCGGUUCACCCCAACUACAAGCGGCUCGGCUGCUUCACAGAGGCGCCGUACUCCCUGCGGCACACGAAGGCCAUGUCCCACCUAGGUCCCGGCAACUACGAUGGCCAGGAGACCUGCUUCAGCAAGAACAAGCUGACCCGGGAGCAGGGCACGGGCUGGGCCAAGGCGCAGGAGGCCACCCGGCUCACGAAGCUGCCCCACUUCCAGUACCAAGUGACCAUGAAGGAGAAGCAGUGGCAGAAAGAAAAACUGGGGCCUGGCUCCUAUAACUUCAAAGACUUCAUCCAAGAGCUGCAGGAGCGACCCGGCAGUUCGCGGGGGCUGCUUAGCUCUGGGGAGAAGCGAUUUCGAGGAAUCAUUGGGAACUACAACCCCGGUCCUGGCAACUAUGGGGUGAGGGGCAACCCCUACACCAGGCUGGAGGAGAGCGCCUGGGCCCGGGCUCACUCUGAGGGCCUCAUGUGCAGGAUCACCAACAAGCCGCCCCCGCUGGCACACGAGGGGAGCGGGCUGGCGCCUGGCACCUACUCCCUGAAGGCGGGCAUCGACACCUACGUGGCACGGUCCAUGGGCAAGCGCAACAUGUACGACAUCUUCUCCGGGGACCGCAGCCAGCCCAUGCCCUACGGACACUUCGCCGUGCAGAGGAAGAAGUCCCGGGAGCUGAUGGGUCCGAGCAGCUUCGUGGAUGAACUGGAUGCACCAAACAAUCGGAAGCGGGGGGUCUUCCUGAAGGCGCCUCGCUUCCCAGAGACGCCCCCCAAGAGACUCUACAGCUCCACCCCGAGCAAGCGGCCCCCCCAAAGGGCACUGGCUGCGUCCAGGCCCAGCACAUGGCAUCCUCCUGAGUCCAAGAAGAAGGUCAACCACCCGCCCUUCCUGUUCGUCUCCCAGCGCCCGAAGGCCUCACAGACAAUAAUGGGAGCCUGGAACCCGGUGGGUGUGGGCCGCUACCUCAACACCUGGCUGAUGGAGACCAAGGACCACCGGCAGCGCUACCGCUCUCUGUACCUGAGCAAAUGCCAGCGCUACCCCUCGGACCCGCUCUGGGACAAAUUCCUGCAGGAAAGGAUCACGCCUUUCACCACGGGGAUGUGCCUUCCCGCUGUGGAUCACAGUUCAGAACCCGCAUCUGACCCAUGCAGCCCAAGCACGGCCACUGUGGUCGACACCAGAUGCCCCCAAGGCCUGAAGACACAUCUGGGGAUGGGAGGCCCCGAGAUAGGUCUGGGGUUGGUCACCACGGCCUGA